CGGCUGCGCGGAGACCAACCGCCUGUCACUGGAUCCUUAGGGGGAAGUCGGCGGUGAUGGCGCGGUCGGUGCUGACGGCGGCGGCUUUCGCUCUCUUGCUGCUCGCCCUACAGGCAGAUGCUCAGGAAGGCAUUCUACAGGCUUACAGCAAUGAGACUGCAGGUUUAUCAAAGGACUUUUGUAUUCUGUAUAACCCUAACUGGGUGGCACUUCCAUCGUCUUUGGGCAAUGCUACCGUGCAUCGGCUACAAAUUCUGACCUCGACAAUGUUGUGCAAAGUAACUGACGUACCUUCGGAGGGCCUACAAGGCAUUGUUGUGGUGAUGAGAGGGAACUGCACAUUGACAAGCAAAGCUAAGAUUGCCCAGAAUCAUGGUGCCAAAGCCCUUUUGAUUGCCAGCAUAGAAAAUCCAAUUCCUCCCAGAGGUAAUGCGUCUGAAUCCAAGGAAAUCAAUAUUCCAGUGGCUCUCUUGCAAUAUAAUGAUGUUGUAAACAUGAAAAAGGUGCUUGGAAAUAGCAUUUCAGGAGUACUUUAUUCCCCUCCCGUGCCCUCUCUGGAUUAUAGCAUUCUCUUGAUCUUUGUUAUUGCUGUUGCCACUGUAACAGUUGGAGGCUAUUGGAGUGGUUCUGAAGAAUCUGGAAGGAACAAAAAUGGCGGCACAGCGUCGGACUCUAGAAGGCAGACAAAAGAAUUAGACAGGAACAAGGACCAAACAUUAAUUCUCUCACCACUCACAGUGGUGGUAUUUGUUGCCAUCUGUUGUGUGAUGAUUGUGCUGCUAUACUUCUUCUACAAAUGGUUGGUGUAUGUGGUAAUCGCCAUCUUCUGCUUGGCAUCAGCAAUCAGCCUCUACAACUGUCUGUCUGCAGUGAUGGCUAAAAUACCAUUUUGUAAAUGCAGACUAGCAUGUGGUCAGAGAAGUUUUGAGGUUCGAUUGAUUUUUCUUGCUGCAGUCUGUGUAGCUAUCGCUGUGGUGUGGGUGGUAUUCCGCAAUGAUGAUAGCUGGGUAUGGAUUCUGCAUGACUUUUUGGGAGUUGCCUUCUGCCUCAACUUCCUGAAAACUGUGAAACUGCCUCAUUUCAAGUCUUGUGUUAUUCUUCUGGGACUCCUCCUGCUAUAUGAUGUGUUCUUUGUGUUUAUAACUCCAUUCAUCACGCCGCAAGGUAAGAGCAUCAUGGUCGAAGUGGCCACUGGAGGAACUGACACAGCUGAAAAGAGUGAUGGAAUGGGUUUGAUUCCAGAGUGGUGGGACAAACCUAAUGGAAGUUCUGUUGAGCCAUCAUCCUACUCCCACCAUGAAAAAUUGCCAGUGGUUCUCCGAGUUCCAAGACUCACGCCUUCAGUGAUUACUUUGUGUGGAAUGAGCUUUUCUCUGCUAGGAUUUGGGGAUAUUAUUGUGCCAGGAUUGUUGGUUGCCUAUUGCCGACGAUUUGAUGUUCAGCGAAACUCCUCCAACAUCUAUUUUGUAUCAUGUGCUAUUGCAUAUGCAGUGGGUUUGAUUUUGACGUUUGUUGUUCUGAUCCUGACCAAGAUGGCACAACCUGCCUUGCUCUACCUUGUGCCUUGUACUCUCCUAGCCAGUGUUGUGACUGCCUGGACACGUAAGGAAAUGCGAACAUUCUGGAGUGGACACAGCUAUGAGGUUUUGGAUGAUACAGUGGAACAUUUAUUACAAGAUGAUGAACCCAGGUGGUAUACUCAAUCCAGAGAACAGUGAGGGUGUUAGUGAACAGCCUUCUGAGCAUCCCUGAAAACUUCCCUUUUCUUGCAUUCGAGCUUUCUGUACGUAUUGAUUUAUUUUUUAAAAAAGAUUGGAAUGGAAGGAAAACCUGAAGACUACAUCGCUCUUACAACUGACACCAGUAAAACACCUGCAACUGUUUUGAGAAGCAGAAACAACUUAAACAAUAAUUGCCAAAGAUUUUCUGGGUCUGUGGAUCCAUUAUGCACUUUUUAUUACUACUUUAACUUACUAUCUUUUGUAAUCCAUAAAUAGUUUUAUUGGUAAAAGUAUACAACACCUGGCCAAAGCAUUUCUGGUUGUUGUACAGGGGUGACCACAUUUGUGUUUACUUGGGUAACUUUAUUUGUUAGAAAUCUCCUUUAUAUUAAACAUAUCAGGCCAUCAAGGAAUGUGAUCACUAGUCAGUUAAAGUUCCCGUUGUCUUCUGCAAAUUUACCUUUUGAAACUGAUUUGUGAAGUUUAAUAGAUUCAAUUGUCGACAGUUAACCCACUUAUUCAGUUUGUAUUGUGCCAAAACAAAUUGUCAUCUACUGGACAGGUUUGACACUAACUUUACAUUUUCAGUGCCUCUGUGUGCAAGAUUAAAGAUUUAAUGUGAUUUGUGGUGGUCUUGCAUUUAAUUGAAAGUUGUAGGAUGUGAUUUGAUCUGAACCAGAUUCAGUUGAUGGUAUGGUGCAGUGCCAGAUAUAUGAUCAAAUGAAGAACAUAGGCAUUUUUUCGAAAAAGAAUUUGUAACUUGUAUAUUUUGGCAGAUUUUUUUUCUAUUAAAAAUGUUUGCAAACAUC